CCGAAUUAAAACCAGAAAUAACAAAAUUAAAAAUGUUUUCCUUAUAAAAAUGCAUUAAUAUAUUCUUUUGUUUGCUAAAAUUUUUCUGCAUUUUGGAAAUUGGGAAUGUUCUUCUUUGGGUUUCUUGUUACACGCAGGAAGUAAGCAGGAACUGACGCAAAUUAAAAUUGAACUGGAGAAGAAAGAGACUAAAGAGGAAUUGACGAAAAUGAGAUCCGAUGUUCGUAAAACUUUCAGCGAAUUAUCAACAAAUUUAAAUGCAAAUUCGCAACAAUUAGGUCACGAACUAAAAACCACCGAAGGCAAACUGAGAAAUGAGCUGAGAGAAACUUCAAGUUACAAGGCCUCAACGUCGGAUCUGAGCAAUUUAGGAAAAGAACUAAGAGAUGAGUUGAAGAAAACGAGGGUCGAAUUCAGCAAAACCGUCAACGAAUUAACAAUAAAUUUAAAUGCAACUUCAAAAAAGCUGGAAACUACAACAACAAAUUUGGCCUUAGCGAGAUCGGAAUUGAGCGGCACGAAGUCCAUCAUUGCGGAUUUGACGACCAAAUUAAAUGCCAGAGAGGAUGAAAUAGUUAACAUUAGAAUAAUGCCAACUUCAUGUGAGGAUCUGAGGCGAAUGGGGCAGAAAAUCAACGGGUUCUUUUUGGUGAAAGGAUCGAAGAAGAUGGAAACGGUUUACUGUGACUUUUAUUCUAAUGGAAAUGGUACGACGUAUCAAGUUUACUUGUUAUUGUUUGUCUAA